UUUGGACCCACUAUGUCGUCUAUUGUUGUGGCAUGUUUGGUAUUCGUCCUGCUGGGCUCGGGGCAGGCUCAGGUUGCCACACAGACUCAGGAGCAGAGCCAGAGUCGGGGCCAGGGGCAGGACAGCUCUGCCACCCCUUGGAGGCAGGUGAUACAAUGGGAGAACAAUGGCCGGCUGUUUAGCCUGCUGAAUAGUGGAGCUGAAUAUGUCCCUGCUGUGGCAAGAGCCCAGGACAGAGGUCCAAGGGUAGUUGUAGCAGACACUCCUCAACGUUCGUCACAUAGACCUCAGGGAGGCAAUGUCCGCCGACAGGCUCCACCAAGAGGAUCCUCUGAAACUGUCCGUGGGCAGGCAAGGCAUCCUUUUGGAUUUGGGCAAGUGCCUGACAACUGGAGACAAACUGUGGGCAGCACAGGGGGUAGUUCGUUCCAAGGAUCCUCUAGCCCUCGCUUCAGGCCAUCCACAGGAUCUUCAUCAUCAUCGUCAUCAUCAUCAUCCUUUUCUUCAUCAUCUUAUAAUAUUCCAUCCUACCCACAGAACCCAUUUCCUCAACAGACUCCCUUCCAACCAGUACCUUAUGACCCUAGUAUUGUAGAAGGGCAAGGAAGGAGCUAUGAGCCGCCUUUUCAGCCCGUUGCAGGAUAUGGCGGUGGAGGAUAUGGCGGUGGGGUAUAUGGCGGUGGGGGAUAUGGCGGUGGGGGAUAUGGUGGUGGAGGAUAUGGCGGUGGAGGGUAUGUUCCUGGACAGGGGACUGGUGGAGUGUAUGCAGGUAUGGCCCCAGUGCUCCCAGGUUCUCCCUCUGAUUUUACUGAUGAUGGCUACCGUUACUACCAGACUUAUGGCAAUGGGCCCAAUCCUGCAGUGCCUGCGGUGCCUGCGGUACCUGCGGUGCCUGCACGUGCUGCCCAACCACCAUUUGCAGAUGGCCUGGACCACAGAUACACCCACAGUAUCUUCAAUGGGGAGACUGCUCCUGCUGUCCCUGCUGUAUCUGCCCCUGAUGCCAACCAGGCAGCUCCCAUUAUAGUGGACAGGACAGGACAAGCGGGUCAACCACAAGUCAGGAGCCCUCAGUAUGAGCAGUUUCCUCCAUUUGGAAGACCCCAGCCUCCUUUCCUGCAGCCCGUUCCUCAAGGCCGAAGUUCUCCAAACUCUGGCCUCGAGAACCCCAUCAUGAAUGUCGGGAGUGUGUACAGACCAGAACAGAGAGGUUUGCCGGAUCUGGUUCCUGAUCCCAACUAUGUCCAGGCUUCCACAUAUAUCCAGAGAGCCCACAUGUACUCUCUCCGCUGUGCUGCUGAGGAAAAAUGUCUUUCAAGCUCUGCCUAUGAACCCGAGGUCACAGACUACGAUGUAAGGGUCCUGUUGCGAUUUCCUCAGAGGGUGAAGAACAAGGGGACUGCCGACUUCAUGCCCAACCGGCCACGUCAGACCUGGGAGUGGCAUAGCUGUCACCAGCACUACCACAGCAUGGAUGAGUUCAGCCACUAUGAUUUACUGGAGGUCAGUUCUGGCCGUAAAGUGGCAGAGGGACACAAGGCUAGCUUCUGUCUGGAGGACACCACCUGUGACUUUGGUCACCUGAAGCGCUAUGCCUGUACCACUCACACUCAGGGUCUGAGCCCAGGCUGCUACGAUACAUACAAUGCUGAUAUCGACUGCCAGUGGAUCGAUAUCACGGACAUCCAGCCUGGGAAAUACAUACUAAAGCUCCAGGUUAAUCCCAAAUUCUUGGUGCUGGAGUCAGACUUCACCAACAAUGUGGUCAGGUGUAACAUACACUACACAGGACGGUUUGUUACAACAAACAACUGCAAGAUAACACAGUCUUGAUCAGGCACUGGAAGUCUGCCACACUAGAGUGACCCUGAUUGCUAUUCCAUUGAAAUGUGAAUGGAAUCCAUUUGUUAUUGGUU